AUGGCGCCGCAAAACCCUAAUUCUCAGAGCCACCCUGCUCCAAUUCUUAAUUUCGUGAACCGUUCUUAUUACCAAAACACUCUAGUACCAAAUCCAGUCACAAUGCGGACCCACCACCAGGCUGAUUUUUGGCAUCCUUUAAACAUGAACACAAACGCAAAUUUUCUUAUUGGUCAGACGCCUUCGCGUCAGUAUGGUGAUCAGUUUACUGGUUUUGACAAUGGUUUGUAUGGCCAAGGCCAAGGACAAAGCCAAUCCACUGCUUCUCGUCAGUAUUUGUACGGCCAAUCUUCUUCUCUGGAUCAUCAGUUCCUUAGUAAUAAUAACACUAAUAAUAGUAGCUUAUUCGUGGAUACUCCGUUUCCUAUUAACAAUGGUUAUUCAUCUGUGUCUUCUCCUUUCCAAUCUCAAAUAUUUAACGAUCUGGAGAGUCGAAUGAGAGGGCUGAGAAUUGAUUCUACAGUCAGAGGACAAACGGCUGCUUAUAAUCCAAGACAUUACCAGGAUCUAAAUCUCUUCAAUUCGUCUGCAUUGACUUCCGGUUCCCGUUUUAACAAUUUCUUCCAUCGUGAGAGUCAAUUUAGCGAUGAUUUCAGAAGCGAAUAUUUAGCCAAGCCUAGUUCAACUCGCCAUAGAUCAAUCAGAGCUGAUCUCUUGAGGCCUGGAAGAUCCAUUAACGAGUCAGCAAUCGACUUGCCGUCUUCAUCAUCUUUCGGCAGGGCCAGGACGGCGAGACAACACUCGAGUAACACUUCUUUGGAGGUGCUACGCGGCCGUGUGUGCUCGGUAGCUAAAGAUCAAAAGGAGUGCCGUUUUUUGCAGAAGAAAAUCGAAGAGAGAAAUCCGAUAGACAUCGAAAUCAUCCUUAUGGAAGUGAAAGAUAAUUUGCCUGAGUUAAUGGUGCACCAAUUCGCUAAUUAUCUUAUUCAGAAACUGAUUGGAGUAUUGAAUGAACAGCAAUUGACCCAGCUCAUUCGUGCGGUUGUCAGUUCUGAACAAAAGCUUUUCAGGGUUUGCGAUGAUGUGCAUGGGACUCGGGUUAUGCAGAAAUUGUUGGACCCUAGCGAAAUCCCACAAAUGCAAGCCUUAACAGUGGAGCAACUGUCUAUUCUUUUAUCAGCUCUGAAAAAAAUUGCCGUCAAUUUGUGCAAGAGUUCCAAUGGGCAACAUGUGAUUGAACGAUGCUUCCAAAAGUUUUCCAAUGAAUAUACUAAGGAGCUAGUGGAAGAAAUAGUAGAAAGUUGCGUGGAUUUAGCAACAGAGAAAAGCGGAUGUUGCAUAUUGCAACACUGCAUCCUUCAUGCAAAGGAAGAGCACAAGGGACGCCUCAUAUCUGAAAUUGCCACAAAUUCACUUGCUCUAUCAGAUCAUCCUUAUGGGAAUUACGUUGUGCAGUAUAUUCUACAAAUGGACAUACCUCAAGUUACCGCAAACAUUCUUUCGCAGCUUGCUGGGAAUUACUUCUCUCUUUCCCUCAGCAAGUAUGCGAGCAAUGUGGUGGAGAAGUGUUUGAAUUUUGCAACAGAAGAACAACUGACUGCCAUUGUAAGCGAGAUUGUUCACCAUCCAGACAUUUUGGUUCUUAUGUUAAACAAUUUCGGAAACUUUGUGAUUCAGAAAGUCUGGGAGCAUUGUAAGGGACGGCCACUUGGGCAGACUCUUUAUCAUCAUGUUCAAGUCAAUUUUCCAUUCCUACAAAGCCACAUGUACGGGAAAAAGGUACUGGAAGGAAUCAUGGGAAACAGGAGACGCCAAUUGUAG